CCUCACCCACCCCUCCCAGCCCCACGUGGUGCGCACCAAGGCGCUGCUGGCGCUGUCGGGGCUGGUACGGCACUUCGCCCCGGGGCUGCAGGCCCUCCGAGACGCCGGCGGCCUCUCCGCCAUCAUCUCCUGCCUCACCUCCCCCGACCGCCGCCUCGCCCGCAAAGCCAUGACAACCCUGUCGUACAUCCUCACGCAGCGCCAGGCCGACUGUACGACAGCACACCAACAAGGCGCGCUGCCGCCGCUGCUGGCGGCGCUAGGCCUGCCCUCCGCCGCCGCCGAAGGUGCCGCCUCCACCUCCGAGGGUGACGCCGACGCGAGCGGCAGCAGCUCUCAGGAGGACAGCGACUUCAGACAGGCUGCAUUGGGUGCGUUGCUGCAGCUGGCGGGUCAUCCGGAUACCUGGGCUGUCGUACGAGAGGCCCCCGGACUGCGGCCGCGGCUAGCGGAGCUGGAGGC